UUGCUUAAACACCGUCAGGGGCGUGGCCUGACGCCGGGAGGGGGGCGUGGCCCGCGCCGUCCCCUCCCGCCGAUUCAAAUUUGAAGCACGAGCUUUCCCGCCUGAAUUUGUUUGCCCGCCGAGGUGACGUCAGCGGCGCGGGGCGCCCCGCAGCCAAUGAGUGCGCGGCUCGCGGGUCCCCCCCCCGCCCUCCCGCCAUGGAGCCCGCGGCCAGCAGCAUCCAGGUGCUGCUCCAGGCGGCCGAGUUCCUGGAGCACCGCCAGCACCGGCACCCGGCCGGCCUGGCCGAGGCCGAGCACGGCUACGCCGCUCUCUGCCCUGCGCCGUCGCGCCGCGCCGUGGGCAGCGUCAGGUCGGUGCACAACGCGCUGGAGAAGCACAGGUACGGGGGCGUGCGGGGAGAGCGGCGGGGCAGGGGGUGGUUGGGCCCGUGCCUCUCCGUGGCUGAGCCCCGUGUCGUUCCCCGCCCGCCCGGCCGCAGGAGAGCCCAGCUGCGGUGCUGCCUGGAGCGGCUGAAGCAGCAGGUACCGGUGGGUGUGGGACCGUCCCGUUCCACCACGCUGAGCCUCCUGCACCGCGCCCGGCUUCACAUCCAGAGGCUGGAGGAGCAGGAACUGAGGGCACGAAGGGCCAAGGACCGGCUGCGGGACCGGCAGCGGAGCCUGCAGCAGCGGCUGGAAUCGCUGCUCCUGCCCACCGAUGGGGAACGGGCACGGGCUGACAGCCUGGACUCAUCCCAGAUCUCAGAGCCCUCUGAGGAAGGUAAGAAAGGGGAAAGAGAGAGGGAGGCUGGGCAGGGAGACAAAGCAGCCAAGGGCCUGACCCGGCCUUCCCCGUGCCCAGAGGAUGCCGAGGUAGAGGUGGAUGGUGUGGUGUUCAGCGGGGACCUGCUGCCCAGCUUCGGCACCGGGAGGGAGCACAGCUACUCCAGCCCCCACAGCCCCGCAUCCUGACGGUGCCCGCUGCCCUCCCUGCCUGCCUCCUUCCUGCUGGAAACCCAGCCCCACCAGCCUCAUCACAGCUGCCAGGCUAAGGGGCCGCAGAUGGGGGCAAGAGUCUGGCCUUACCCCCCCACAGCUGGGUGGCACUGGCUGUGGCACUGGGUGCAUGGGGCUGGCACUGCGCUGUGGCACCUGCUGGGCACCACGAGGCACUGGAAGAGGUGCUGGAAGAAGGCCCAGCUGUCACUGAGGACACUCCCCUGCCUCCCCCUGUGCACCCACGGGCAGUCUGGGGGCUGCCUGGUGUGGGAACGGGGCAGUGCUGCCCACUGCAGACACCACUACAGAAAGGCUCUCCUGCCCCUGGAGGGCCAGGAAGGGGAAA